AUGGGUAAGGAGGACAAGACUCACAUCAACAUCGUCGUUAUCGGCCACGUCGAUUCCGGCAAGUCCACCACCACUGGUCACCUGAUCUACAAGUGCGGUGGUAUCGACCAGCGUACCAUCGAGAAGUUCGAGAAGGAAGCCGCUGAGCUCGGUAAGGGUUCCUUCAAGUACGCUUGGGUUCUUGACAAGCUCAAGUCCGAGCGUGAGCGUGGUAUCACCAUCGACAUUGCCCUCUGGAAGUUCCAGACUGGCAAGUAUGAGGUCACCGUCAUUGACGCCCCCGGUCACCGUGACUUCAUCAAGAACAUGAUCACUGGUACCUCCCAGGCUGACUGCGCUAUCCUCAUCAUUGCCUCCGGUACUGGUGAGUUCGAGGCUGGUAUCUCCAAGGAUGGCCAGACUCGUGAGCACGCUCUGCUUGCUUUCACCCUCGGUGUCCGCCAGCUCAUCGUUGCCCUCAACAAGAUGGACACCUGCAAGUGGUCCGAGGACCGUUACAACGAAAUCGUUAAGGAGACCUCCAACUUCAUCAAGAAGGUCGGAUACAACCCCAAGGGUGUUCCUUUCGUCCCCAUCUCCGGUUUCAACGGUGACAACAUGCUCGAGCCCUCCCCCAACUGCCCCUGGUACAAGGGUUGGGAGAAGGAGACCAAGGCCGGCAAGGUCACCGGUAAGACCCUCCUUGAGGCCAUCGACGCCAUCGAGCCCCCCGUCCGUCCCUCCAACAAGCCCCUCCGUCUUCCCCUCCAGGAUGUCUACAAGAUCUCCGGUAUUGGAACUGUUCCCGUCGGUCGUGUCGAGACCGGUAUCAUUGCCCCUGGUAUGGUCGUGACCUUCGCUCCCGCCAACGUCACCACUGAAGUCAAGUCCGUUGAGAUGCACCACCAGCAGCUCAAGGAGGGUGUCCCCGGUGACAACGUUGGUUUCAACGUCAAGAACGUUUCCGUCAAGGAGGUUCGCCGUGGUAACGUUGCCGGUGACUCCAAGAACGACCCCCCUCUUGGCUGUGAGAGCUUCACCGCCCAGGUCAUCGUCCUCAACCACCCCGGUCAGGUCGGCGCUGGUUACGCUCCCGUCCUGGACUGCCACACUGCUCACAUUGCUUGCAAGUUCGCUGAGCUCCUUGAGAAGAUUGACCGCCGUACCGGAAAGUCUGUUGAAUCUGCCCCCAAGUUCAUCAAGUCCGGUGACGCUGCCAUCGUCAAGAUGAUUCCCUCCAAGCCCAUGUGUGUUGAGGCUUUCACUGACUACCCCCCUCUUGGUCGUUUCGCCGUCCGUGACAUGCGCCAGACUGUUGCUGUCGGUGUCAUCAAGGCUGUUGAGAAGAAGGAGGGUGGUUCCGGCAAGGUCACCAAGGCCGCCCAGAAGGCCGGUAAGAAAUAA